AUGGACCAGGACCCCAACGCGCCCGCCCGGGCAUGGCAGCCAACAGCACCACAGAGUGAAAGACGCACCGGAAGCUGGAGCAGAAACGGCGGAGGAUCUGAGCACCUGACAGAGGUGUCGGCCGUGUCAGACGCCCUGGGAAUCGAAAUGCACCCGUCGGCCAGCUACGCCUCGCCAGAUCCCGCUACCUCGUCGCCCUACGCCUCUCCCGCCCAAGCUCCACGCCCGGACCGGCCUUUGCUCUCGAGCCCCAGAUCCGCCACCUCGGCGAGAUUCCACCGCCACGCCUCCUCCACACAGUACGCUGCCGUCCCGGGAGAUAUGGGUGCUAUUGAUGAGCAGCGCCCGUCGCCGGCGGCAUCUCAGGUCCGCUUCGUCUCGGAGAAGCCCGAGGUGGAGCAGCAGCAGCAGCAGCAGCAGCGCCAUCACGCGUCCGAGAACAAGAACAACCCGUUUGCGUUUGAGCAGGUCGACUUGGGCACCGGACAGUACGACGGCGCGCGGGACGGCCAGCGUGGGAAUCCUGUAGAGGGCAUGUACGCCACUGGUGUAUAUGCGCCUGCCGCGCCGCCAGGACCUUAUAAUUACCCAAACAGCGGGUUUUCACAGAGCACAGAUUUCGCCGAUGCCCACUUUAUGGACACGUAUCACGAUCGAGUGACGCGCAACUGCCUCUCCACGGCCGAGGUAGAGAGGCGGCCAAGCGACGGCUGGCCCAUUACCGUCCUGCUCCUCUCUCUGUACUCGACCUGCGCGAGCGUCGCCUGGCUCGUCAUCGCCUGCCUGAAACCCACGUGGAAGUUCGUCGGCUCGGGCCCCGGCGCCUUUGAGCCGGCCAACGCGACCAUGGUCAGCGCCCUGAUCGCAAAGACCAUCGAGAUCUCCUUCAUCACCGUGUUUGUGACAUUUCUCGGCCAGGUCAUCAGCCGGCGAGCCCUCAGCGGCCGCAACCAGGGGGUUACGCUGGCCGAGCUGACGCUCAGGAAUAUGGUCAUUCAACCCGGCACCCUGCUCACCCGCAACGACUCGGUCCGCUACACAGCGCGGACCAUCCUUGGACUCAUCGCGAUGCUGGCCACCCUCGGAGCCACCUUUUACACCACGGCUUCGGACGCCAUGGUCUCGCCCAAGCUCGCCUUUGGCAGCUGGGGCCAGAGAAGCCUGACUGGGCAGAUCGCUGCCAGUUACGCCAAUCCCAACUACAUGAAGCAGCAGUGCAAGACUCCUGUUCGUAGUGACGAUGAUAAAAGCGGUGACAGCUGCCUCGAUGUGCACUUUUCCGGAACCUCAUAUCACAAUCUAAUGGAGUUCAUGGCGGCAUGGGAGAUUAUCAGCUCAAACGGCUCGAACCUGGCGCAGCACCUUGGGUCAAGGCCGCGUGGCACGGCGAACCUGUUCCCGAACACCACACUGGUCUCGGCAUGGAUCGAGACGGACAAGGGAAACAUCUCUAGUGAGUUUGAAAAGCACAGCCUGAUCAUUAAUGAGGUCACACUGGCGAUGCCGCAUCCAGGAGUUUACUUUGCUGCAACCGAUCCUCUCAAUGGAAUACCCCAACCUAAAGAUCUGGGCGGCGUCGGGGAGUAUUCCCUCAGGGCGUCGGUGGUUUCUCCGGCUGUCAACGUCAAAUGUGUCGACAUGAGCAAAAAGGACCUGGCCCCCUUGGUCUACACGGAAUGGCCCCACGCCGAUCCUGUCAAGACUGGCGUUGGGAACCAGACAAUGGGCAACAUCACAACAUGGGCGAAGGGUGUUCCAUCCCUGUCCGACGACGAGUACUACAACACCACCAUCGUGGACGACCUGUUCCUUUGGGGCAAGGAGCACGGGCGACGUCCCCCGAUUUUUAGGAUGUUCCCGGCCGACUACAACAUUGUCACCAACGCCACCCCUGCGCUCUGGGCGCAAAAGGCCAUGUACGUGCUUGGGAAAAGCCCCAAGACAGCCAACUACACGCUCUGCCAGCUCGAGUCCUUCCUGACCCCCAACUGCUCGACGCGCUUCGACGUCUCGGGCAUCAAGGGCGGGCGGAUGACGGCGCACUGCGAGGACCCCGACGACGAGGACGCCUAUCACCGCAAGCACGCCAUGAACCCGGACCCGCAGAGGCGGAAGGAGCAGUGGGGGCCCCGGGGCGACUGGCGCAACGUGGCGGACCAGAUGCAGCUGGCCGUCAACCUCAACGGCGGCGAGCAGAACAACAACGCGUCCAACGCGCGACUGCUCACGCAGCUGGCCGUGGUGCCCCGGGACGACGGGGGGCCGCUCGGGAUGCCGGUGCUGCGGCCCAGCAUGGCCGAGGGGCUCGCGGUCCUCUUCAGCUCGACGCUCGUCAUGGGCGCCGUCGACACGCCCUUCGGCCCGGACUGGCAGUACGACAAGCCGGCGCUGGGCUUGCCGGCGCGGCAGGCCUUCGAGGCGAGCGUGCGGCAGCAAGGGUACCAGUCGUCGCACGCGGACCGGUGGCAGGGCGUCUUUUACGUGGUGCUGGCCAUCGUGGUGGUUGUCAAUUUCGUCUCGCUCGCCUUCUUCGUCUUCUCGUGGCGCAUGCGCCUGACGACGGACUACUCGGAGCCCGCCAACCUGUUCGCCGUCGCGCUCAUGUCGCCGCCCAGCCACCAGUUCACGGGCUACUGCGGCUCCGGCGUCGAGGGCCGCGCGCUGUCGGUGCCCUGGCGCGUCGUGGGGUCGCCCGACCACGGCGGGCCCGGAGGUGCCGACGACGACAUUGACGAGCUGUGCCGCCCCGAGACGGACGCCGAGGACUCGGACGCGACGCUGGGGCGGGGCGGCAACGGCAACGGCAACGGCGGUUACGCGGGGGCCAGCGGUUUCCGUCCUCACCAGCACCAGCACCCGCACAUGGGCAUGGCGAGCGGCCGCGACGGGCCGGGCGGUCGGCCACUGCACUUCUACUUCCGGCACGCCGGGAACCCCGUCAAGGGCAAGUGGAAGGGGACCGAGGUCGGCGAGACGCCGAACCUGUCGGCGCCGCAGCCGGCCGGGACGUAUCAGAGGCUGCAGAACCGGAAGAGCUGGCUUUGA